AUGGAGUGCGGAUACGGACGUGAGGACGAGCAGCUGCCCCUCAGGAGCUUCACCCCUGAGAUGAGCUUCCCUCAGAGCAGCCUGGAAGCUACUUCUGGAGGAGCAGGACAGAGAAUCCUUUGCCUUAACACCCUCAGGACUGUCCUGCAGGUGACAUCAGUGGACAUUUCAGGGUCAGUCACAGUCAACACCUGCAUCAUCCACUACCGUCACCAGGAGUUCUCCCAUUGGCUAGACCUGUUUCCAUGGAAACAGCUUAUUCAUAGGAAAGAAGCUCAUAGAAAGAGUCCAGUAGAGUAUUUGCAUACGCUCCCGUCCUACAGGAACUUCCCCCACCUGGACGCCCCAGUGAUGAUCAGCUCCUCUGUGUCCAAUGUCAACGUUUCUGUACAGCUGGGAGACACUCCUCCCUUCGCCCUGGGCUUCAUCUCAGUCAGCACAGAGAUGCAGCACCUCCUGGACAUUAGCACAAACGCAGAGAGCCUCAAGUUCCAGAAUGUUCACCGCCGCCUCGCUCUGUCCCUGGACCACUUCUGGUGGAGGGUAGGCCAGGGGUCCCACAUCCAGCAGGCCCCCCACCCCCCUGGCAAACAUGUGUGGGGGGAAGCCCUCAUCCUGGACUCCCUUACACUGCAGGUAACGCAGGCAUACAACAAGGGGAGCUUCAACAAGCCCCAGAGUGAGUCCAGUAGUCAUUCUGAAAGUGUGAGUGUGGAGUCCAAUCUGAAGGGCCUACAGCUGGAGGUGUCCGAGACCUGUGCCUUGUGCCUGUCCCGAUUAUUGGCCCUCUGUAACCUGGCCAAUGGCAGGAAGCUGGAGGCCUCAGAGCAGCCAGAUGUGGUGCCUGUACCUGCCCUUGUUGAUGGGACAACUUUCCCCAGUCAGGGCGCCUUUUAUUUUAAGAUUGAGUGUAACCUGGAGGAUGUCAAUGUGUUCACACUCUCCAAUGUAGCAGGAGCUGUAUCUUUGCGGGUCGACAAAGUGAAGGCCCAAGGCUCGGCGGAAAGCUCCACAUUGUCUGUCCAGGGUGUACGUCUAUCUGUAGUGAAGGCUCUCACAGAGACCAUGGAGCACUGCUGUCCCUCAGCCCAAACCCCCAACCCUGUCCUCAGCCUCUCCACCCUGGCCAUCUGCUACCACGUCGCCACCGGGAACUUGGAGGUCCAGUGUGAAGAGGAGCUGGCAGUGAACAGUGGAACGCCAAAUUCAGAACCACAUAUUGUUCUCAACUUCGACGGCAACGCCAUAUUCCUUCAAGGGCCUGGAGGUCCAGACGCACAACUUGUGAUCAGUCCGCUGGACCAACGCCACCCUCUUUCCCUUCCUUCCUUUCCACCCGACAAAACCCGUGCCUCGGUGAAUCACGCUGCCCCUGCCUGGGCCGUGGCAGUUUCCCCUACCCAGUACAACCUUCUCCAACCACCUUUGACCAAGUUCAUAACAGGCGUUCAGAACACAGGUGGGCUCAACGUUCCCUGCCAACAGCAGCCCUGG